AUGGUUCGUAUUUCAUCAAAGAAAUCCUCAUGUACAUCACAGCCAUCAAUUGAAAUAAAUUCAACUACGAACGAUCAAUCAUCAUCAAAAAUUCUUAAUGUUGUACGACAAGCAUUACUCAAUGCUGCUGAAGAACUUGUUUCUCAGCAGCAACAGCAGCAACAACAACUUAAUGAAAAUCAAUUGGAUAAUACACUUCCAUUUCAUACAUUAGAUAUUCAGAAUAGUGAUUCAAAUAAUUCUUCACCACGAAAUGGAAAUAGAAUAAAAAAGAAAAAACUUGUGGAGAAAAAACUUGCAUGUAAAAAGAAAAAAGUUCUAAAAAACAAACGACGGAAAUAA